CUUCAGACGAAGAGUUUAUAUAUGAAGCUUGCAGAUUCCCCCGACACCAGCGCCAAGAAACCCAUGUUGUAAGCAAUACAACAAUGCUUUCAGAAGGGCGCUGCUCCAAUACCCAGUCGAUAUGCAGUGCUUCCAUGAGCUUGUUCCUCCUACAGCGGUAACCAAUGCGGUCACACUAUCCUUCACCUCGCCGAACUCCAACAACCUAAUUGUCGCCAAAAGCUCCCUCCUUCAAAUCUUUUCGUUGAAGACAGUCACUACUGAAGUUGAUCCGGACCGUGAAGGGCGGCAGCCAAACUAUGACGAUCCGCAGGUUGCUGGAAGACGGGAGUUUCAGGACGAAAAUGUCGAGACGUCUUUCAUAGGCACGGACCUGGUGCUUCAACGUUCUGAACGAUCUCAAACCACGAAAUUGGUUCUUGUUUCCGAAUACUCCCUCUUCGGAACUAUAACUUCACUUGCGCGAGUGAAAAUAUUAAAUUCAAAGGCGGGCGGCGACGCUUUACUCAUAGCUUUCCGGGAUGCCAAACUUAGUUUGGUCGAAUGGGAUCCCGAGCGCCAUGGAAUUUCAACUACAUCAAUUCAUUAUUAUGAGAGCGAAGAUAUCUUACGGAGUCCUUGGGCGCCAGAACUUAGUCAAUGCCAGAGCUACAUCACGGUGGACCCAAGCAGCAGGUGUGCGGUUUUAAAGUUCGGCAUGCGUACUCUGGCAAUACUUCCGUUCCAUCAAGCUGGAGAUGACUUGGUAAUGGAUGAUUAUGAUCCGGACCUCGAUGGAGAACUGCCAGAUGCACCAAAGCAGCCAGAUGGGGAAUCUUCGUCGCGGUCCACUCCAUAUGCAUCAUCCUUUGUCUUGUCUCUCUCGUCUAUACAGCCGCGCCUCGUGUAUCCGAUCCAUCUGACUUUUCUUUAUGAGUACCGCGAGCCUACAUUUGGUAUUCUUUCUUCUCAGGUCGCUCCGUCCGCGUCUCUUCUUUCUCAACGUCGGGAUACUCUUUCCUAUGGAGUUUAUACUCUUGAACUCGAACAACGCCAGUCCACUGAGCUUCUCUCUAUCGGCGGUCUCCCAUAUGAUUUGUUCAAGAUUAUUCCUCUUCCUCUUCCCGUAGGCGGAUCACUACUUGUUGGUGGUAAUGAAUUGAUACACGUUGAUCAGUCCGGAAGGACCAACGGAGUCGCGGUCAACGAGUUUGCCAAGCAAUGCUCGUCGUUCUCCAUGGCCGACCAAUCGAGUUUGGCUAUGAGACUUGAAAAUUGUGCUAUUGAACAGCUCGGGUCUGGAAACGGUGACAUGCUGAUCGUGCUAAAUACGGGUGAGCUUGCUCUUCUUGACUUUGCAAUGGACGGUCGCGUCGUAUCCGGUUUGUCAAUUCGUCGCAUAGCGGAGGAAAAUGGGGGCAGUGUUUUGGAAGCUGGAGCGUCAUGCACCGCCAUUCUUGGCCGUGGUAAGCUCUUCAUUGGUAGUGAGAAUUCGGACUCGGUUAUACUUGGCUGGUCGCGCAAGUCUCGUUUGCCAGCAAAACAAGACACCGACGCCAAUAUUCUCGCGGACGCUGAAGAGGAUCUUGAUUUGGAUGACCUGGAAGACCAUGAUGAUAUAUACUCUGCUGGUCCUCAAGACGCUAAGGAUCGCUCCGAAACCCUCAAAGACACUGAUCGCAGUCAAGCUGGAGACUACCGCUUCAAGGUAAAUGACUCCAUAAUGAAUCUAGCGCCCAUGAGAGAAUUGGCAUUAGGGCAGCCCGCUUUCCUACCUCGCAGCGAGGAGGAGCGUAAUUCUAGGGGUGUCGUUGCAGAUCUCGAGCUCGUGGUUCCUUCGGGUCGUGACAGAGCUGGAGGCAUAUCGGUACUGAAGCACGAGGUAGACCCAAAGGUCAUUGGUCGCUUUGAAUUUCCUGAGGCUCAAGGCGUUUGGUCUGUAAGUGCGAAGAGGCCGCUUGCGAAAGGAAUCAUCCCUCAGUCUUCCAGCAAGGAUCAGGCGGGGCAGAACGAUGGUUAUACUUUGGACAACGAAUUUCACCGAUUUAUGAUUGUCUCAAAAGCUCCUGCUUCUGAGGUAGUAGAGUCUGCAGUAUAUGCUUUGACGCCGACUGGAUUUGAAGAAAUCAAAGGAACAGAGUUUGACCCUGCCGCUGGCGGAACGAUUGACGUGGGGACUCUCGCAGGCGAGACUCGAGUGGUCCAAGUUCUCCCCGGUGAGCUUCGAAGUUAUGAUGGAGAGCUUGGCCUUGCCCAGAUUUUCCCUAUGACUGAUGAUCUCACUGGUGCCGAGCCCAAGGCCGUAGGCACUAGCUUCGCAGACCCGUACCUUUUGGUAAUACGGGACGACUCUAGUAUUGUCGUACUCGAAGCGGACGAUAGCGGUGAUAUCGAUGAGGUCGAACGUGGAGACUCAAUACUAGCUACGAAGUGGCUAUCCGGCUCAUUGUACAAAGAUCACUCAAAGGCCUUUCUUCCGCAGGCGGAGAAUGGUAGUGGCUCUUCAAGCGACGUCCUGUUAUUUCUUCUGAGCGUGGAUGGCGCCUUACAGAUUUAUAAUCUGCCGAAUCUCUCAAAGCCCAUUUACGUUGCCGAUAGCUUGAGCUUUCUUCCACCUAUUCUAUCGGCAGAGUAUGCAGUCAAGCGCUCAACAGCUCGUGAGACUCUUAUGGAAAUAAUGGUUACAGACUUGGGAGACCAGAUUGCCAAAUCACCAUACAUGAUUCUUCGGACCGCCAAUGACGAUCUGGUAAUUUACGAACCCUAUAAAUAUUCUUCUUCGCAAACGCUUGGCGACUCCAACUCUGCUCUUCAUUUUAUCAAGAUCCCAAAUCAGCAUUUUGCUCGAAGCCCUGCAGAGUCGGCUCAAGAUGCUGCAAAAGGCCUAAUGGAGCAAAGGGCCAAUCCUUUGCGCACAGUUUCGAAUAUAGGUGGAUAUAGCGCAGUCUUUUUGCCCGGGAGUACACCCAGCUUCAUCCUUAAGAGCGCGUGCAGUAUGCCCAGGGUCAUAAAACUCCGAGGGAAAGCGGUUCGAGGGAUGAGCGGUUUCCAUACCGCUGGUUGCGAAAGAGGAUGGGUCUACGUCGAUAUUGAGGGAAUCGCUCGUGUCUCCCAGUUUCCUAACGGCUUUCAAUUUGGCGAGACGGGCUGGGCCUCCCACAAGGUUACUCUCGGGGAGGAAGUACAAAGCCUGUGUUAUCACGCGCCUAUGGAGUCCUACGUUAUUGGGACUACUGAAAAGGUGCCAUAUAAACUACCCGAUGAUGACGAUUUCCACCACGAGUGGAAGAAGGAAGACACCAGUUUCCUUCCUGAAGUUCAACAUGGGUUCAUCAAAAUCCUCAACCCCAUAAAUUACACCGUUGUCGACACAUACCCUCUUGAUCAUUCAGAAGUGCCACUUUGCAUCAAAACAUUGCAUCUCGAAGUAAACGAGACCACGCAUGAGCGUCAGUUGCUGGUUGCCGUAGGCACAGCCAUCAUUCGAGGCGAGGAUCUCUCGACUCGUGGUUGUAUCUACAUCUUUGAAAUUAUCACCGUUGUUCCCGAACCUGGAAGGCCAGAGACAAAUCGAAAGCUUAAGCUUGUGGUGAAAGAGGAAGUCAAGGGCGCUGUGACUGCUUUGUCCGAGAUUGGGUCGCAAGGAUUUCUGCUCGCCGCACAGGGGCAGAAAUGCAUGGUUCGCGGAUUAAAGGAGGACGGCAGUUUACUGCCUGUUGCUUUCAUGGAUAUGCAAUGCUAUGUUUCCGUCGCCAAAGAACUGAAGGGCACCGGCCUCUGCGUUCUUGGAGACGCAGUCAAGGGAGUAUGGUUUGUCGGAUACUCGGAGGAGCCCUAUAAGAUGACCCUCUUUGGAAAAGAUACUACGCAUCUUGAGGUCUUGACAGCCGAUUUUCUCCCUGACGGGAAUCAACUUUUUAUUCUUGUAGCUGACGGAGAUUGCAACUUCCACAUCCUUCAAUUUGACCCAGAACAUCCACGCUCACUUUCAGGACAACGUCUGCUUCACCGCAGCGCUUUCCACAUUGGACAUUUACCUACUUCUCUUACGCUCCUGCCAUCCAGCCUUCCAUCCGCCUCCUCUCCCUCUGAGCCUGACGACGACGCCAUGGACGAUGUCACCCCCGAGCACCCUGCGCAACAAUUGCUCGUCACAACACAGUCUGGUGCCCUCGGCCUUAUCACCCCUGUAACGGAAACUCAGUAUCGCCGCUUAUCUGCACUGCAGACGCAACUAACUAACGGCCUCGAACACGCUUGCGGAUUAAAUCCCCGGGCAUAUCGUGCCGUCAAUACUCUAGCAGACCCGAUCGCGGCUCGUUCCGUCCUGGACGGCUCGCUCCUUUCCCGGUUCUGGGAAUUAGGCAGUCAGCGCCGACGCGAGAUUUGCUCGAGGAUCGGCUGCGAGAUGUGGGAGAUUCGAGGCGAUCUGGAGAUUGUCUCUGGCGGUGGACUGAAUUAUCUGUAACUGGAGCGCCUGCUUUUACUAUCUUUGUUUCUACCUAAAUUUCUUUCCCCUUUUUCCUAGAAUCUUUUUUAUUUUUAUUUUUUUAUUUUUUUCUUUUUUUACAUUUCGUUCCGAAAAGGAUUCCAGCUAUCCCCCC